UGUAAGUUGGACAGACGCUAUAACCGACUGAGCCACCCAGGCACCACUUCUUGACAACUUUUAAUGUUGAUAUGAUUUUAUACCUUCAAAAAAUUGCAAGACUUGUACAAGGAACUCCCAAAUAGCAUUUUCCAGAUUCACCAGCUGUCUAUACUUGCCCCAUCAAUUUACUUUACCAUUCUCUCUCUCUCACACACGCACACACACACACACACACACACAGCACUAUUUGAGAGUGUGUUGUGCACACCUUUCCCCCUACCAAUUAAUGUUUGAGUGGCAUUUCCAAAGAACAAGGACAUUCUCUUACAUACUAGGUUUUGUUGAAAAUGGGAGCAAUUUGGGCAUAUUGAAAAAUCUAAGUGAAGAUCCAGUGGGAGAGAAGUGAGAGAAGGGGUUGUUGUCACUGAGGGCUUGUUGAAGGGUCUAGAGAGAGCAGGAUUUAAGGUGCAGGUGGAGGGGUUGGACUUUGCCACAGGAGGGACAGCUCUGUGUUGUGAAGAGGAGUGAAGCAGUGUGCAGACGUUGGAGACUUUGUUCUGCUUGACGGGUGGUGGAGGAAGUUCCUCUCUGCUGGAUUCUGUUUCCUUUGUCAGUUAGGAAGUGAGCAGAUCUACUGAAAAGAGCAGGAAGGCGUGUGACAGAUGGGAAGCGUCUGAGUUGAAGAAGACAGGAGAAAGCACAAGAGUCAAGGAGAGGGGAAGAGGAAGUAAUGAGAUAAACAUCUCAAGAUUCAUGUGGCCAAACAGCCCAUUUCUCGUUGAUGUUUAUUCAGUUAGAGUGAGCCAGCUUGCUCUAUUCAGUGACUCAUGUCUAGCCCUGCAGAGGGGGGAGAUAAACUGAGUUCAUCUAGGCGAGGGUUUUGUCAAACGGGUGUGAUAAAAGAACACAAUGGUUCGGGAAGGGAAGUUUAGGGUACUGACAAGAUAAUGGACUAUAAAGUACACUGGAUAAGAAUGAAAGAAGUAAGAUGGCUACUGAACGGGAAAUAGAAGGGCAAAUGGAUAGGAGGUAGACUGGGAAGAUGGAAGCCUGUAAAUUGUUUUCUAAUGAUUACUAUUUGACUUAUUGGAUCUAGAUAUUAUUGAGCAUGCAUUCUCUACUGAGUAUUUUCCAUCCAUUAAUUUCAUAUAAUUCCUAUGACAACCCUAUGAGGUAAGCACAGGCAUCAAGCCAUUUUUAUCGAUAGAGGAAACAGACGUUAGUGACUUGCCCAAGGUGACACAGCUAAAAAGUGAGUCUCUAACUUCAGAGACCCUGCGUAUCUCUGGACUGCCCUGCAGAGCUUCCCAGCUGUGCUCCUUGCUCCACUUUGACCCUCUUCUGACUCACGCUUCACUUAGCUAACAGUGUGAGCAUUUGGAAAUGCAAAUGGAUUGUACUGGGCACUAACUCAGACCCUUUCAUUACAGGUCACUGGAAAUAUGUAAAAAAAGAAGAAUUAACAGAUGAAUAAAGGCUUGGACAGGGAGAGAAGACCUUUGGCUGAAAAAAGAGAUGAAGCUAAACAGCUUUUUAUCUGAGGACCCUGACUGAAUUGGAUUUAUAGAAGCCUCCAGAGCAGUGUUUGUUAACACGAGGGGAGAAGGAAGAGACACAGAUGCCUGUGGCGGAGGUGUUUGAUGAAACUUCAGGCUUGGUUGGCUAAUGAACACCAAUGUAACAAGAAAUGUCCAAGUGAUGAACCCAAUAAAGCACCUUUGUGGUCUCGAAAGCUCAGCCGGAGCAUUUGUGCAUCCAAGUGGCUAUCAACAGCCAAGCCUCGCUGUCCUUCCCAGAGCUGGGAACAGAAGAGCCCCACGGCCAUCCAGCUGAAGCCACAAGCAGGACUAUGGCGACCCAGGAAGCCACUCCAGGCAGCCAGUCCGAGGAGAGCAGUGCCUUGGAUUUGCCAACAGUUUAUGACAUAAGAGAUUAUGUGCUGCAGAGACCCCACCAAGAGGCCGACAGUGAGGCUUUUAGUUCUGUAGAAGCCCUUUCUAGUCCUUGCUCUUCUGAUGCAGAUCCAGAUACCAGUAACCUAAAUUCUGAACAAAAUGAUUCCUGGACCUCUGAGAACUUCUGGCUGGACCCUUCUGUGAAGGGCCAGGUGAAGACCAAGGCAGAGGAUGAUGGGCUUCGGAAAUCCCUGGAUAGAUUCUAUGAAGUGUUUGGCUGUCCACAGCCGGCCUCUGGAAAUGCACUCUCCGCAGCAGUCUGCCAGUGCCUGUCUCAGAAAAUCAACGAACUGAAGGGCCAGGAGAGCCAAAAGUAUGCCCUCCGCAGUUUCCAAAUGGCCCGGGUCAUCUUCAACCGGGAUGGCUGCUCGGUCUUACAGAGGCAUUCCAAGGAUGUCCACUUCUACCCAUCGGGAGAAGGAAGUGUGUCUCUGGAUGAUGAAAAGCCAACCCCGGGACUUUCAAAAGAUAUCAUUCAUUUCCUCUUGCAGCAGAAUGUGAUGAAAGACCUCUAAGUAGUGCCUGGCGGUAAGAGCAGGCAGUGUGGAGGGUGGUCCGGUGGCCAACGCUGUCAGUGCACACCCACUUCCCCUCCAGCCCCUCUUGCCGGCUCUGUGUGUCCAGCCCCCUGUGUGUCUGGCCCCUGUGUCCACACCACCUCCCACCCCACCCUACCACUCCCUUUGACUUAAGGCCAGUGACUGACUGAUUGUCGAGCCCAGAAGCACAUCUUCCUUGCCCCAAGGAAGGAAGGACAUGCUCUGAGGCAUACAUUACUCUCCAGAGCUCCCCUCUGGAUCAGGCCAAGACGGGGACUUCACACGAAAUCACUCCCUCGCUCAGCACCUGCCUGUUUCCCUGUCCUCCCAUUCAUCUACUGGUGUCUCCCAGGGGCCUUUCCUUAAUAUAUCUCUUGUACCUGGAUCCUUGACUCAGAGUCUACUUCUGGGAGAACCCAACCUAAGGGAACAGGCUUUCUUUGUUACAUGAGUUUUUUAAAGGAUUUAAAGCUCUACGCCAAAGCAAGUAUAAGAAUUAUACCAAGUUGUAGAACUGAGACCAUGUGACUGCGCAUGUAUUUCCCAAAAUAACAUAAAGAUUUAAAUACGGUUCCCAAAAGUGCAUCACAUCUUCCUCAUACCCUUGCCUCUCCAAAGCCAGAAUUCCCUGUUUUGUCAUUCUAACAGGGUGUGGAAGGAACAUUUGGAUCAUCUAAAAUAAGAGCUAAGAUUUGCAAAUUAAAAGAAGGGGGGCGGGGCGCUCUGUCUCCACCAGAUUGCCAGUGUGGAAGGUGUGAAGAAAACAAAUGUGCGCCACCUACCGAAGGACGCGCCGCGAGGCUGACGGGACGCGGCCUUGGCAGUUUGUGGUGGAAGAGAGUAAGGAAUCCUUUGCCCAAGUGGACUCCUCCCUGUCAUUUUUGCCUUCUGCCUGUACCCUCUGUCACCCUCUGAACAGUUGGCCCCUCACCCCUGUCCCGUCCUUGCUCCGUCAGGGAGUGGCUUUAAAUAGCCGGCGCAGAGGCCCUGCUCCACGGCCGUGUCCUGAAACCCCCCUUUGAGACUCGGGUGGUAGAAUGACGUCACCUGGCACCGAGCUCUUGGAAGCUGUAACUGGAGGCCUCGUGCUAAUCCCUGCCUCGACAGCCCUUUAAAUAAAUUACGUUGGCAGAAAGAGGGCUAUCGUUUGUUUGGGGGAACAACAAGAUGAGGCUGGCAACACAGUGCAGUUAGAUUUUGAGAAACUCGAGGUGAAAUUUCAUUGGCCUAAGGCUCCAUAAGCUUGCCAGAAAGCGGAGUUUGCAAACGGAUCGGCCUGGAGGCGCGCAUGAAGAAUGAGUGAGCCCUCUCAGGCAGGUCUCUUGGGGACUCUCCGAGCAAGAGUGGGGAUUUUGCUUGAAAGGUCAGGGAUUACAUACCAAGGCUUCCAGUGCCGGGAAGAGCAGAGGUAAGAAACAGUGUUUCACACUGCAGUGCAGAAGCCCCUUGGAAGAGACCUAAAUGAUAAGAACUAGGAAAUGGGGAGGUCUUUGAGAGAUACUGAAGGAAACAAGACUCCGUGUUUUCCUCUGACAAGCAAUCAUGUGAGUCUCUCCCCACGAGCUUCUCCUAUGCAACACCCCCAAAUUACUCGUAAACCAGUGGGCCUUACAAUUGAAAAUGUGCAGGUUGAAUUUUAAGGUCCGUAGUUUUAUUGUUUUUUAAGGUGGAGCAAAUUAAUAGACGCAGCUGAAGAAUGCUGUAGAUUUCAGAAUUAUUCAUUCACUGAAAGGAAUAUUGGAGAUUAGUUUCCAUGGCCACCAACAGAAGGAAACUGGAUUAUUUUAUACUGUUUUUAUAACACAGAAGAUGGAAGCUACUCCAAUCUCCAUGCCGGAAGCAGCUGCUUCUGUUUGGCACCGAGAUUUUAGUAUUGGUAAUUUUGUAACCUUUAUUAUUAUCAGUGCUGAGGGUGCUCAGUAAAAAGAGGUAGAUCCUGAAACCAGAGCAUUUAGAAACCUGGAAGCCAGAAUCACCUUAGGGUGAAGGAAAAAAAAAAAAAGAGGAAAAAAAGAGUGUGGUGUGUGUUUGCUUGUAUCUGAGUAAGUGCUUGUGACAGGUCAGUACAAGAUAUUUGAUUCCCUGCACUCUCGCUCUCUAAUUUGAUCUUCACAACGUUGGGAUGGCAUUUUCCAUUUAUCCCUGUUUACCUUUAAUAAAGACUAAGAGAUAAGGGUGUUAA